AUGCCUCGGGAAUUUGUAGGGCAAUUAAACGAGCAAGCUGACGAGAUAGAAUACCAGACUGGGCGGAUUAAAGAUCUCGAGGCUUCACACGCAAGGUUAGAAGCUUCAAACGAAGAGAUAUCCGCCACCCUGCAGCGCCAUCUUGCCGUGUUGCUUGAUGAUGCACGUCCGCUUCUAGGCAAUCGCUAA